UCACAUACACCUGGUUCACCGGUACACCAUCGAUGCUGCCGGUAUCCCAAGGUUGGCCUCCGCCCUCGGGAAAGAGAACUGCACGAUAGCAACGAGCACCAUAAUCAUUGUUUAGCCACCUCAAAUCAGGAAUCCAUUCACUACUACGUGGCUGCAAUCUAACAGGUUGCAAUUGGAAGCCGAUAGCUUACGCACCAGUGUCGUGCAAUUCGAGUUCGUAGAAGCGUUGGGCCUUGGUUUUCUUGGUGGCUGGUACUACGCGUUCAUGACAGGCCUGCACGGUUGUACGAAGCGAGCGCAGCGACGAAUCCCGCUGGCAAGCGAGCGCCCCAGGCGGAGCGGGGGUGAACGCAAUACGCGUUAUUCCUGAGGCGAUCGACGCCGCCGCAGCGGCGGAGGCAGCAGCUCCUGUCGGUGGCAUCAGCGAGAAUCUCGUCGAGAUUGCUGCGCAGAAGAUGUCGCAGAUGAUAUGAGCGAUUUCAUAGUAUACUACAAAUAAUACUAUGGAAUUGGUGCUUGGUGCUGGUGCGUGUUUUUGCACUAGCCAAAGAGCAAUCAAGAUCUCACUCGUCGCGUGGCCAUCGACGUACCCGGCCACAACGAGAAGAGCAAGCUAGCAAGCGCGUCACUCUCCCAUCUAUCCGUGCAAUGAGUUUCCGUCGCGAAUCCGUGGACUCCUCGGCCGCCGCCUUCCAAGCCAGGCACAAGUCUGCCCCUUUCACCGACAAGCACCCGAAGGGCUUCGGCGAGAUGGUGCUGGUUGAGGGCGUCAGCAUCGAGAAAACGUAUCUCCUUCCCGUGCCGAACCUCCGCGAAUGGCUUCCUGAGCAGGACCACCAAAUCUGCAACCGCCGCAAGCUCGACACCCAGGCCGAUGACUCGGUGGAGCGUAAGAGCACGUACAACAAGAUCAUGGGCGAGACUGACGUGAUCCUGGGCGACAUCCGCCGCAAUGACUCACAGGAGGCCGUCUCGCGUGCCUACGUGCGCGCUGGUCCGCGUGAAAACACGUACUUCGACCCCGCCAAGGUCAAGGCUGCUAUUGUGACCUGCGGCGGUUUGUGCCCUGGCCUCAACAACGUCGUGCGUGACGUCACCCUCGCUUUGUGGAACCUGUACGGCGUGCGCGAGAUUUAUGGCAUCCGCAUGGGCUUCGGCGGCUUCUACAACUGGACCUCAAUGGACCAAAAAGAGGCUCCCAUUAUGCUGACCCCCAAGAGCGUCGCUAGCAUCCACCACCACGGCGGUACCAUCCUUGGUUCCAACCGUGGCGGCUUCGACCAGGACAAGAUUAUUGACUUCAUGACCACGCACGGCGUCUCGCAGCUGUACGUGAUUGGCGGUGAUGGCACUCACCGUGCUGCCAACAAAAUCUCGGAGGAAUGCCGUCGUCGCAAGCUGGCUAUCGCUGUCGCCGGUGUGCCCAAGACCAUCGAUAACGAUGUGGAUCUUCUGGACCGCAGCUUCGGUUUCAACACGGCUGUCGAGGAAGCCCAGCGCGCCAUUCGCUCGGCCAGCACGGAGUCUCGCUGCGUGCCCAACGGUAUUGGUGUUGUCAAGCUUAUGGGCCGUAGCGCUGGUUUCAUUGCUGCACACGCCUCGCUUUCCAGUGGUGACGUGAACCUGUGUCUGAUCCCGGAGAUUCCGAUCGAGCUGGAAGGUCCCCGCAGCUGCCUGGACCACCUUGAGCGCGUUGUGGAGGAGCAGGGCCACGGUGUGGUCGUUGUCGCUGAGGGAGCCGGUGAGGAGCUGCUGGGAACGUCGGUGGAGGCCGAUGCCGGUGGUAACAAGAAGCUGCCGCCCAUUGGUGCCUUCAUGAAGGACCGCAUCCAGGAACACUUUGCUAAGAAAGGCAAGGAGUGCACCGUCAAGUACAUUGACCCCUCCUACAUGAUCCGUUCGGUGCCAGCCAACGCUGCAGACAGUCUGUACUGUAUGCUGCUGGGCCAGAACGCCGUGCACGGCGCAAUGGCAGGUUACACCGGCUUCACGGUCGGGCUCAGCGCCAACCGUGUCGUGUACUUUCCCAUUGAAGCCAUCACACGCAACUCACCACGCUGCAUGGACCCCUUCGGCCGCACAUGGGAGCGUGUGCUGUGCCUGACGCGCCAACCCAACACGGCCCACGAGGGCACCAUUAAGGGCGCCAAGUCCUCCGACUAAGUCACAAGCAAAGGCGAGUAGCGCCUGAACCGAAUGAAUGCAGGCGUCGUGCUUGCCAAUAUAUCGAACACCUUUGCGUGGUUAAAAUGAUCUUCAUGAUACUGUUCCUGUAUAUCGACGUAAGGGUGGAGCACAGUUAGCGCUGUAGUGGAUUAACAUACUUGUCUGACGCUAAUCAUCGAGUUGAGUUGCCAAGCCAUCGCCGAAGUUCGGCGACCGAACACGUCAUGCUUGUCAAAUGUAGCGCGUCAAACCAAUCAGGUCCCAGAAAAGUGAUCAUUUUUAUGGCUAGCGCUUUUUUCGGGAUACUUCGUGAGGUAGCUUAUCUCCGAUGAGGAAAAAUUGCUGUUUGAAAAAC